AAUUCACUUCCUUUCAAUCAGUCCAACCAUUCAGUGUUCUACUGUAGAAAAGUCCUACUACGUCUUCCUUUAAAGAUAGGUUUUAGGUUAUACCAGUACAGGCGUUACCAUGCUUUACAAAAUGAUUCCACUAUCUCUCAACACUUUCCUCAUCUCUCUCCUCCAUGCCCUCCUCCUGUCUGCAGCUGCCGCCGCUUACAACGCCACUGACAUCAUACUUCUUAACUGUGGUGCAACUUCAAACACUACAUCAUUGGAUGGCCGCAACUGGGAGGCUGAUACUAACUCUAAAUAUUCCCCCUUCAAUGACCCAAACACAUCUUUUUCUUCACAUGCCACACGCCAACUCCCUUCUGUUCCCCUAGUUCCCUAUUGGUCCGCACUUAUCAUUCGCUCUAAGUUUACCUUCAACUUCCCCGUAGUUCCUGGUCCAAAAUUCCUCCGCCUUUACUUCUACCCAGAAACAUACUCCGAUCUGGACAUAGCUACUUCCUUCUUUUCCGUCACCGCCAACAGUUACAUCCUUUUGAAUAAUUUUAGUGCUUCUUUGACGGUUCCUGCAAUGGUUCCUCCUGCAGCCUUCUUGAUCAAAGAGUAUGUUGUCACGGUGUGGGACAGCCAGAUGCUUAAUGUAACCUUUACCCCAUCACCGGGCUCUUUCGCUUUCAUUAACGCCAUCGAAAUUGUUUCCAUGCCAAGCGUCCUGUAUGCACACGGCAGUGAAAUCCCACUCGUGUAUGCAGAGGGUGGCCGUUCCUUCACUUUGGACAACACCACUGCUCUCGAGACUAUGUACCGUCUCAAUGUUGGUGGAAAGCAAAUUGAGAACAAGGAUGAUACCGGAAUGUACCGGACGUGGCGUCAAGAUGAGGAUUAUCUGGUUGCAUCAAAGUGGGUUGCUGUCUAUAAUUUAUCUGAUUCACCGAUUAAAUAUACCCCAGACACACCGGAGUAUACUGCACCGAAGGAGGUUUACACUACCUUACGUAUCAUGGGCAGUGAUUCUCAGUUUAAUCUGAAAAACAACAUGACCUGGAGCUUCACAGUCGAUGCAGGGUUCUGCUACCUUGUCAGGCUUCAUUUCUGUGAGCUACUAGCUCAGGUCACGAACCGAAAUCAACAUGUUUUCAACAUAUUCAUCAAUAAUCAAGUGGCGGAAGAAUCUGUAGACGUAUUUGAUAAGGCCGGUGGCUCUGGGAUUCCAAUUCAUAAAGACUAUGUCGUAUUGGCUGGAAACGGGAUCAAAGCCAAGGAGCUCCAGCUGGAACUACAUCCUUGUCCUUCAUCAACAUACGACGAUGCUUUCUUGAAUGGCUUAGAGAUUUUCAAGUUGAACGGAACUGCUGGUAGCCUAGCAGGGCCAAAUCCUAAUCCAGUCUCUAGUCCUCAACCACCUGAACUGUUGCCAGAAAGUCCAAAAAGCCAUGAAAAAUCAAAGAUUUUGCCUAUCAUGGGAGCUAUUCUAGGCAAUUAGAUUUUUAGUGAGUUAAGUUUUAACAAAUUUCAAUAUUUUUU